CGCCCCCCGAGGCCGCCACGUCCCUCACGUAGGGCCCCGCAGAGGCGCAGAGCGGCGACCUGGCGCCGGGGCUCCGGCUUCUCCGGCGGGGCUCGGCAUGAGGCUGGCGCGGCUGCUGCGCGGAGCCGCCUCGGCCGGCCCGGGCCCCCGGGGGCGCGCCAGCAGCAGCCUCACCUCGGAUUCCGGCUCCGGCCCGGCGCCGGAGCUCGGCGUUCCGGGCCAGGUGGACUUCUACGCGCGCUUCUCGCCGUCGCCGCUCUCCAUGAAGCAGUUCCUGGACUUCGCCUAAUUUAUGGCUUCCACUUACUGCCGUUCCCACCGUGUUUGGUUUCAGGAUCUGUGAAUGCUUGUGAAAAGACCUCAUUUAUGUUCCUUCGGCAAGAGUUGCCUGUUAGAUUGGCAAAUAUAAUGAAAGAAAUAAGUCUUCUUCCAGAUAAUCUUCUCAGGACUCCUUCAGUUCAAUUGGUACAAAGCUGGUAUAUCCAGAGCCUUCAGGAGCUUCUUGAUUUUAAGGACAGAAGUGCUGAAGAUGCUAAAACUAUUUAUGAGUUUACAGAUGCUGUGAUCCGGAUCAGGAACCGACACAACGAUGUUAUUCCCACAAUGGCCCAGGGUGUGACAGAAUACAAGGAGAGCUUCGGGGUGGAUCCUGUCACCAGCCAGAAUGUUCAAUACUUCUUGGAUCGUUUCUACAUGAGCCGCAUUUCAAUUAGAAUGUUACUCAAUCAACACUCUUUAUUGUUUGGUGGGAAAGGCAAAGGAAGCCCAUCUCAUAGAAAACACAUAGGAAGCAUAAAUCCAAACUGCGACGUAGUUGAAGUCAUUAAAGAUGGCUAUGAAAAUGCUAGGCGCCUGUGUGAUUUGUAUUAUAUUAACUCUCCUGAACUAGAACUUGAAGAACUAAAUGCAAAAUCACCAGGACAACCAAUACAAGUGGUUUAUGUACCAUCCCAUCUCUAUCACAUGGUGUUUGAACUUUUCAAGAAUGCAAUGAGAGCAACAAUGGAACAUCAUGCAGACAAAGGUGUUUACCCGCCAAUUCAAGUCCAUAUCACACUGGGUAAUGAGGAUUUGACUGUGAAGAUGAGUGACCGAGGAGGUGGUGUUCCUUUGAGGAAAAUUGACAGGCUCUUCAACUACAUGUACUCAACUGCACCCCGGCCUCGUGUUGAGACGUCCCGAGCAGUGCCCCUGGCUGGUUUUGGUUAUGGAUUGCCCAUAUCACGUCUUUAUGCACAAUACUUCCAAGGAGACCUAAAGCUAUAUUCCUUAGAGGGUUAUGGGACAGAUGCAGUUAUCUACAUUAAGGCUCUGUCAACAGAAUCAAUAGAAAGACUCCCAGUGUAUAAUAAAGCUGCCUGGAAGCAUUACAACACCAACCAUGAGGCCGAUGACUGGUGUGUCCCCAGCAGAGAGCCGAAAGACAUGACAACAUUCCGGAGUGCCUAGAUAUACUCGGAACACCUGGAAAAUCCCAGCAUUGCUUUUGUAUUAGAUUUGGAAGGGAUGGUGUUCAGAAGUGUAUUAUACCAAAUACUUAAUGUGUCAUCUUCACAAUUAACUAUUUAGGUAGAGUAAAGGAACAGUGAAUUCCAUUUAUGCCUGUUAAACUUUGUAGAGGAUGAAACUCUACCUAUUUUACACUUGUAUUUUCACAAUUAAUUGGACAUGUUUUUAAACAACUUGUUUUGGUCAACCUUCCUCUUCAUGGUGGCCUUAAGAAGUGCAGAAGGCUUUGUGUUUCUACGGGAAGCUGUGUAGCUUUCAAAAAUACUUUUAUGUCUGCUAGAGACAUUUUCUUACUAAUAGUGAUUAGCUAGUUAGCCAUCUUUUUGUUUUUUUGGAGGAUGCUACCAUCAUUUAUUUAGUAAUGACAGGCAUAAUAAUGUGGUCUUCAGAUUUGCCAGUGACUAAUUACAAGUAAGGCAGAAAACAAUUGCCCUGUAAGUGUAGAACCAGCCACCUUUCAGCAUCUACAUGCAUUGUUUUCACUCUGAAGUGAAUUUAUCAUUUUAAACUUUAACUCCAAAGGAUUAUAAUGACUAGUUCCCUGUUGAGCUAAGCCAGAAUCAUGGGCAAUCUACUUUAAAUGUGCUUGUGAUCAUGCAAGGGGAAAUUUUUAUAAUAAAAACGAACUAGCAGCUCCUCAUUUCUAGAGAAGAAAUUGAGGGCAAAGCAGUAGUGAGUCCCAAAAACUGAGCUAUUGAUUGUUGAGAUUAUAUGAUGGAGCUUUUGAGAAGCAGAGUUUUUUUGGGUCCUACUCCAGACAUACGAAAUCAGACUAGGACUGGAGCCCAGGAAUCUCAGUUUUUAGAAUGCUUCCUAGGUAAGUCUGAAUGCUUACCUCGUUAGGAAACCACUCUUUUAAAGUGAGAAAUGGUGAUACUACAUUUGCUAAAGUAAUAGAUCUUUAGGUUUUGGUUUUUACCUAUUGAAAGUUCAGACUUCUGGACUCCAGAAGAGAAAAAGUGAAUUUCAGGCCUGAUGCUAUUAGCAUAAUUAGAAGGAGGAGACAGAUUAACCUUCGGAACCAUAAAUGCACCAGUAUUGACAAAGAACAUUUUUAAAAUAGCUAGAUCUUUGUUAUUAGAAAAAAGUUAAUUGGGGCUAGCACAACAAUCCUUUGCAUUCAUAUGGUGAUUUGUACUUUACAAAUAUUUUGGUAUAGUAUGAUGCCUCCCUUGAACUUUAAAAUGGAGUAUGCAGCAGGUGGUAUCAUCCUGUUUUUGAGACUCAGAAUGUGGCCCAGAGAUGCACAGAAUUGGAUCUGGAGCCCAAGCUGUAACUGCUGGUCACUGUCACCUGCCAUGUCUGGGAGACCAUUAAGUUGGGAGACUGUGUUGUUAGGCAUACCUCAUCUUUUAAGGUGACAGAGAAAUACACUGAAAAUAAAUUUUAAAGUACGAUUUUAAAAGUUUAAAGAACAGAUUUACUACUUAAAUAGGGAAACUAUUUAUCUGGAAAAUACAUUGAAUUGAAACACCUCAUUCUCAAAAGGAUUUCAUAAGCCUAAUAAUUCUAUGUAAAUGUAUUCAUUGGAAGAGAUGUUAAAGGGUAGUUAGUCCAGGCUCUUUAUUUGAGAGAUAAUCCCAAGACUCAGGAUAUGUGGUUUGCCCAGGACGACUUAGCUAAUCCAACCAAAUGCUUGAAAAAGAGAUCUUUUACUUAAUCUGUCAUUCCUUAAUUAUGGAUUUUGUGAAAAACAAUAGGACAUGCUAGUGGAUGAUUUAUAUUGAUUCAAUGUAUAACAAGUUUUUAGCUUUAAAUUAUACUUGUGAAAUGAUGAAAUAGUUUAGAAUUUUUUGAAUCAAAGUAUUCACUUUCUUAAAUGAGACAUUUGUAUAGCUGACAUAAAUUUGAUGUUUUUACUUA